ACUCCACUUUGCAGUACUGCUCUCUUCCGCCCCUCCCCCUGGCCUGCCUGGGCGGGUGGGCGUGUGCCUGCCUGGCUGGUUGGUUGCUUGGAGCAUCCCAGCGGCGUGCGAGCUCCUUGCUGACUUGCGCUCCUCGCCCGCUGCCUCCUUCCUCCAGCCGCGGCUCCGGCUCAGCCAAUGGCAGCGCCGCGCCGGGCUCUGGAGCUGUUUACCCAAUCUCGGUCCUCCUCCCCCUCCCUUGUGAGCCCCGGGAGCAUCUUCCACCGAGCCGGGCACAGGGAGACGGCGGCAGGCAAGCAGGAGGCGGGUCUGGCUGCUCGGCAGGGAAGCGUCUGGCGUCCCUCCCUCCCUCUGGGCGUCGCGGCGCGGCGCCUGCAGCAGAAGCAGCAGCAGCACCACCACCAGCUCGGAGUCGCGCGCUCCCUCGCACCUGAGCGAAGUGAUGAACAGCUCCCUCCGGCCCCUGGCGGGCCGCCCUGGGGACUCGCCGUGACAGGAACUCCGCUCCGCAGCGCGGCCACGCUCCUGUCUCCCGCCUCAGCGGCUGCAGCUGUCCUGCUCGCCUCGUCGUCCUCGUCCGCCUCGCCCUCCUAGUGGAGGGAGCCCCGCCGGCCGGAGGAAUGGGCUGCAUUGGUUCCAGGACUGUAGGAAACGAAGUGAUUGCUGUGGACUGGAAAGGACUGAAAGAUGUGGACCAGAUCAAUAUGGACAGCACCAGCUCGCUGCAUGGCAGCAGCAUCCACCGGCCCUCCAGUGAGCAAACACGGACAGAUUUUUCCUGGGACGGCAUUAACCUCUCCAUGGAAGAUACCACCUCCAUCCUUCCCAAGUUGAAACGAAACUCCAAUGCCUAUGGGAUCGGAGCUCUUGCUAAGUCAUCUUUCUCUGGCGCCUUAGGGAUAUCCCGCAGCAUGAAGGAUCACGUCACCAAGCCCACUGCUAUGGGCCAGGGCCGUGUUGCGCACAUGAUUGAGUGGCAGGGCUGGGGCCAAGGCACCAGCCAGCAGCAGCAUACUCACGAAACUGUGCGCAAGGAUGCCGAUGCUUACUCAGACCUGAGCGAUGGGGAGAAAGAGGCCCGAUUCCUUGCAGGGGUAAUGCAGCAGUUUGCUAUCUCAGAAGCCACGCUCAUGGCAUGGUCUUCCAUGGAUGGCGAGGAUAUGAGUGUCAACUCCAACCAGGAGAACCAAGCUGGCAAUUACAGUGAGAACUACCAGGAAAUGAUGGAGAACCAGGAUCACCUGGCCCAGGCACAGUAUGACAGCUGGCCUCACUCCUAUGUCUCACAGGGCAUGUACUGCCUGGGUUCAUCUGAUGCCUGGGAGACCAGUGACCAGUCCCUCAUUGCUUCCCCAGCUACUGGCUCCUAUCAGGGCCAGAACUUUGAAGAGUCCCAGCCCAACCUGCAAGAGAGUGUUCUGAUCCAAAACAACCUCAUCCAGCAACACCAACUGUUGCAGCUGCAGCAGCAGCAACUGCAGCAGCAGCAGCAACAACAACAACAACUGCAACAAGCUCUGCUCCCAAAUACUGGCCUUGUGGAUGUAUGGCCUGUUCAGACAGUUCCUAGUGGAGGAAGCGGCGGUGGCAGUGGCAGUGGCAGUGGCGGCGGCAGUGCUGAAUCCAGCACAUUUGUGGGUGUUCACACAGAGGAGGAAGGCAAUCCCUUGCUGGAAAAAGCCCCACUAUUGAACAAGAAGCCCUCGCCAGAGGAGGACGAUGUUGUAUGCCGGGACCUAGAGUCUCUCUCGCCCCGGGAGGAGCCAGAGCCUGCUGCGCUCAGCCGCAAAGUCUCUGAUGUCACCUCAUCUGGGGUACAGUCUUUUGAUGAGGAGGAAGGUGAAGCCAACAACUGACGCUGCCAUUGAGGAACCGUUUGCCAUUAUGCAUGGGAAACACGGGUGGGGGAAACUGAUAGGGAAACCCCUCUCCAGCUCCUCGAAUUCCCGGGCACAUGAGCACACUUGUUUGUUUGGGUUUUGUUUUGGUUUGUGUUAGUCUUAUGGAAAGAACUGAAAGUGCUGGGGCAAUGCCAAGUCCCCUUUUCCUUCUGCACAUGUUGGGCUGAAACCUCAAGACCCACUGCCUUGGACACACAGGCACAGGGACCUCAGGGAAUGUAAGAUGGCGCAUCACGUGAACAUCACUGACUGGAUACCGGUUGUGCUGGCAGAAGGGAUGUGGCUUUUCAGGUGCAGAUUCCAGCUUAACAGAGUGACCAAGAGAUGCUGCCGCUGUCUGCUUUGGCUGUUAGGAUCUAAGGCCCUGCAGAUACAGAUAAGAAUUUUGGACUGCAGGUGAGGAAGUGCUGUGGAAUGGGAAUUGUGAGGAUGUGUGGCUUUGUGAUCACAUUUAUGACAAAAAGGCCAGCCCCAGGCCUAGUCAUCGAGUCUGCUUAUUAAAUGAGGUACUAUCUGGAGAGAGAAGCUCUGCAUUAAAGGCCCUGAGUUCUGUGGUGUGGAAAGAGUUACUCUGUGGAUCCAAAGCACGCACCAGAACCAGAGGUGAGGCUCUGUGGGUACUGACUCUCCUAUGAUGUGGACAGAGUUGCUCUGAGUCCAGUCCAAAGCUCAUUCUCCAGUACAUGUGUGUCAAUCUCCGUUGAAAUCCUCCUUAUGUGCCCUCUGUCAUCGCUGCCUGCCUGGGAGCUGGAGAGGGGUUUUCCCCCUUAUUUAAUAUUGUGCACUGCAUGCAGGGUUGGGAAAGGGGCGGGGGGGUCAUCUGCCAUUUGUAUAUUUUAUGCAGACCCGGAGUCCUUUCCUUUUUCUAGCUGUAUGCAGGGAACACAAGGAUGAGAGAUCAGGGAGGGAAAGCAGGCACAUUCAAGCUUCAAAAAUCACAGUUUUCCAGUUUACAUUAGGAUGUCUGUUGCUUUCCCCCUACAUUUUUAUAUUUCCAGGUUAUAGUUGUUUAAGUAGAGGCUAGCAGAGGGAACAGCCUGGGUGCUACCUGGCGUGAGGUAAUGCUCCUUUCCUAGUAUUACCAGCCCUCUGUGGUGCCAAAAUGUCGAUGAAGCAGAGUCUGAGAAGAGAGCAGUUCACUCUGUCCACUCAUUUAUCUCUCCUUCUUUCUCUUCUAGUUCAUUUAUUCUGUUGACAGUGUAAAUAUUUCUCAGGCCUCAUCUCCAUUAGGAAUGAGGAAAGCAAAUACAAUUUUGGCAGAGGGAGGCGUUAUCCUCAUUUUUAAAGGUCUGGUUUGGUUUUUGUGAAUGACAAGUCAGUUUGCGGGCAAUACACUUUUGUCUAAAGUUGUUCCUGCUUCUCAGCUGCAUCUUUGGCACUGCAAGCAAAGAGGGCUUAUAACUAAAUAUUUAAAACCACAUUUUUAUCCUCUCUGCAUCUCCAGGCUUUUGUGGAGAAUAAAAGGUGGGAGAAAAUAAAGAUGUGGAACAAUUUUUUUAAUUUGCUAUAAUCAACCAAAAGCAUGUGGUCAUUAUUGAAGUGGCAGAAGCUUAUGUCAAACAAUCUCUAGCCAAAUGUGACUUUAGGACUAGCUGGUGAAGGGGAUCCUUCUGGACAUGGCCCUGUCUCUGCCUCUCUGGAAGUAUUUCUCCAAGCUGGAUUUGUUCUUUUCACCCAAUAUUCAAGAGUGGCUUGUCACUAAACUAUUUUCCGUGAAGCUGCUUGCUACAGGUUUGAGGAGUGAACCACUACAGUGCUGUGCUUACCCGGAUUUGGGACCCGCCAUUUAGAGGAAGAUCGUGGGACCAGAAGGUAACCACUGGUUUGCAUCCAGACGUCAUCAGGAAUGGGGGAGAUGAAUGGGACACUUCUGUCCGUGCACUUUUGAUGAAGAAUAGAGGGAGUUCUUCAGUUCAUAUGUUUCAAAAGCCAAGAGGCUGAGUCUUCCCUCUCCACUGCACUUUCCUUGGAAAUGCUGUCGUGACAAUGGACAAGUGUUCAGGCAGGAGCAAUCACAGCAAAUGCAUGAAAGAAAAGCCUUUGGGCAAUCCUUCUCGUCCCUGUCCCCAUUUCCUUAGCUCUUCCUGGCUCCUCGAGUGGGAAGACCGCUCAGCUUCUGAGCACGAGGGAGGCCAUCUUUCUCUCUUCUUUAAAAAAAUAAAAUGUUUACAUGCAAUGGUGCCAACCUCUGAAGGCUAAGAGGGUUGGAUACAGCACUGCUCUGAAUAUGAGGGCGAAACCUCAUGUUCCUGCAUUUAUCUUAAUUGCUGCGUUCUGGCUAUCAGUCAGUAGGGGGGAAAUCUGACAGCAAUGAUGACGUGGAAACAAGGAUGUGCAGAGGGAUUCUUCUCUGCAGAUGAAAGAAUGAAUCAGAUUCCAGUUACCCCAACAUUUUGGAGCCUUCAGAAUAACCAGAAAGCAUUGGGAUGUUCCCAGUAUUGUGAGGGGAGGGGGAGAUUCAGGCAGCCUGCUUCUUCUUUCCUCCAAACCAUUCUGCUCCACGUGCCUAUCCAGGACCAGGACUAAACCUGGAUGUUUACGGUAAUUCUAUUUCAGUGUAAAUGUAUCCUGCUGUCAUCUUGGCAUUCACUGGACUUGAGACAAGUGGCUCAUCUUGUUUAGCUCUGUUAUUUUAUUGUCUUCUUUAAAAAAAUGCAAGCAACUUGUGCACUUGAUAAUCUCAUGUGACAAAUGUUUGGGAGAUGUAUAUUUUUCUCUGUCUGAAAGGUGAUAUAGAGGGACACAUUACAUGGGAAAUUGUAAGAAACAACAGGAGAGAGAGGUAGACUACUUUGGGGAGGAGAGGAGGAAUCCUACAGAGCAUUUUGGUAGAGUGGAACAGAGACUCAGACUGUAGAGUUCUGCCGUCCACUUCUAGGAAGUCCUUUUGGAGAGAUCACAUUCAUAUCCUGGGAGAGAUGUCUAUAAAAACAUCAUCAUUUCAGGACAAUUAAACUCCGUUUAACUUUUUUCCAAAAGGAUAUGGCCUUUUUAUAAACCUAAAAACUUUCCCAUUUAUUUAUUUAUUUAUUUAUUUAUAAUUUGAUUUAUAUGUUGCCUGCUGCAUUUAGGGUGGUGGCACUGGGGAAGGCUCAGCUCUGUCCUUAUACCAUUACCAAAUGUUUCCCUGGAUACAGAAGGACCUCCCUCAGUUAGACUUGGCCUCAGAAUAGAAUCAUUCCUCAGCGGCAGCCGUCUCCUGGAGCUGCACUCCAGGCCCUCAAGGGCAAUGGGCUCACUUCUUUGGGACAAACUCCAGAGGAGCUAGCUGCAUCCAUCUGUUCCAACAGAAACAAUAAAGAGUCUUGUGGCACCUUAAAGACUGAUACGUGUAUCGUGGCACACGUUUUCAUUCUGGAAGUUGUCCUCAAUUAGUCUCCCACUGAACUGAAUGGGAGUAGUGUAAAAGCAUAUUCUGAAUGAUUCUACCUAAUGUCAUGAACAGCAGAUGAACUGAAGAUAUAAAAGUUGUUAAGACAAGGUGUAAUGACAUAUGACAACAGCAGUUGACCAAUGUCUUUGAACAUGGGUUGCUAUCAGAAGUAAAGCCAUGGGUGGUUGUGGUGGGGGCAGCCCCCCCCCCCAGCAGAGCAGCAAUGGGCAGGAGGAAGUACUGAACCCACCCAACUCUUCCACUCCCCCGUAGCCCCUCCCCCCAGGCCAUAAACUGGGUAGGAAAUAAGUCUUAUCCAGUUUUGGGAGUUGGACAUGCUCCUGUUUUGUGAUCCUGUUAGAUAAAAAAAUAAGGUUGGAGACAGGGAGCUUAAUUGUCCAUCAAGCCCCAGCUUAGUAGGAUGAGCACACCCUACACAGCUGUUCUCUCUCUUUCUGAAAAAGGUAGGCAGAAAAAUCAUUUUUAUCCAGCUGGGGCUUGACAAAUGAUCAAGAUCCCCACUUCUGACCGUGUUUUCAUCUAAGACAUGAUAGCAAAUUGGGAGUGUGCUCAGCUCCCAACUUACGGUAGGAAGCAUCUCCUACCCUAGUAAUCAGCAUGUGAACUGCCCUCCCGUGUCCAAAGCCACUGUUCUGCUGCAGUCGUGUCAAAAGCUCAGAAAUGGAGAUAUGCCUUGAAGCUGUACUUGGUUGGAAAAGCAACCAUUUAGGUCAGUGGGUGCCACAUUUAUUGACUCUCAGGGAUCCCAAAUUAUUGUGUGCCUGUGCAGUGGAGUGACUGUAUUUUUAGUUGUGAAAGACUUUCCUUCCCAUUUUUGAAGGCUAAUGCCUCCCUGCAGUGACCCACAUUCAACCCAUAUCACCCCAAAAUCACCAGGACCCCUUCAAACAAAAAUGUUUCUGCACUGCUGUGGUAGCCAUGUACAGAAUACACACAUCACGUUUAAACUGGAAGCAUUUGUAUUUGUAAGGGUUUGGUCUCAUUAAAGUUCAUGCAAGUAGUGCAAAGACAAGAACUGGAUCCCCAAUACCCAGCUGCUGACCUGAUGUGCAGCGUUACGGCUCUUCAACCCUUUCCCCCAGGGCUGCUGCAGACUUCCAAGGCAGCCCUGAUGCUCUUCUGAAGCAGCGGCGGUGGCAGAAGCAGAGUUUCUGAAGGUUUCCCCAUUGUUGCAGAAAAGCAGCUUCAGAACAGCAUCAAGGCAGCCUUGGAAGUCUGCAGGAGCCCUGGGGAGCAGCAUGAAUGGAGCCAUAAUGCUGCAUAUCAUGUCACCCACUGAAAAUAUAUGUGCACACAGUUCAAAUAUGACAUGCAGUGAAUAUGUUUAGUAAUUCUGCAGUGUUUCUCUACAUCCAUAUUCAGAGGGCUUCUAACAAGUGCAUGUUGAACUAAGUGGUCUGGAUCGUAGAGUCAUAUGAACAGAAUUAGCAGUUGCUUGUAUAUGUAUGAGACCUUAUUUUGGGGUGCCUGAAGGCAGUGCACAAAUCACUGUACUGUGUAUAUGCCCAUUGCCUGCAGAGGGCCAUCCCUGCAAUCAUUGACAGUAUCCUAAGUUUUAUUUUGUGAAUGAAGUGAAAUCUGGCUCUGCAUUUUGAUAACACUCCUAUUUUGGGUUCGACCUAUUAGAGGCCCCCUCCCUUUUUCUGAACACUCCACAGUCUUCACAUGAAUUCAGCAAUACUGUUGGACAGGGCUUAGUGGGCAAAGAGCAUGACUAGGUUAAACACCCUGAUCUAAUAAGACAUAUUUUGUUAGCUAGCUUUAUCUCUGUCUACUGUGUUUCAAUUCUGGUGGUUCGGUUUUAUAAAAAUUCAUUUGGAACAGGAAAUAAAAGCAUUGCCCAAGUGUCCUGGUGGGACAGAUCUAUAAAGUCUGACAUGAAAGAUGAGGCUGACCCCAGGCUUUCUGGGCCCCCAGGCAAGAGAUCUACAUUGUUCCUUUCCCCAACAAAAGCAUGCUGCUCACUCACUUCUAUGAUGCAUAAUCUACCCUCUUUACUGGUCUCUCAAGUGCUGGAAGACCAGUGAAGGGCAUGGAUUACAGAUCACACUGAAUUUCAGCUCAGUGGGCUCUUCAGUUGCCUGCAGACCUCAAGCAGCUGGUAUGAAGGAAGAAGAAAGAUGAGGCAGAAUUAACCCUAAAGGAAGGGAAGAAAUUUAUGUCCUUGAAACUUCAGAGUCAAACUAAAGGUAACUUAAAGAACACACAAAAGCUUUUAAUUAUCAUUUUUAUGCAGUCAUGGAGGCUCCAAAUUUGAUCAGAGUGGGGAGGGAUGCAGAGAUAAGAGGAAGAGACAUUUCUAAUACCUUUCUUGUGGGUCAUUUUUCGGGGGGGGGGGGAAUCAACUCAUUCAGCUGCUUUCCCACCUGCAGGGGAAAAGAUAACAAAUCCUACAAUAUGUAUCUUUUCUCUGUGGGGAGAAAAGCAGCUGGGAUUGCAAUUUUUCACAGACAAACACCCCAAGAGGAAAAGAUUAAGCUCACACUCCAGCUGCUCUAAUUAAAUAAGCCUUCCACCAUCACAUUCACAUUUUAAAAAACACUUCAUAUUUCUCUCACAUCAUGUCUGACUGACCCUGUGUCAACUGCAUCCACUGUUCAAAGUUUUCCAUUUCUCAGCUGUUACGUAGCACUGCCACCUCUCUUUUCUUCCAGAGAAAGGCAUGUUCUUAAACUGGGGGACUGUAGCUAAUAUAGAGAAAAUUCAGAUUUCUUUUUUAAUACUGGACUUCAGUUUCAAUAUAUUUGGCAGGAUAACCUUAAUCAAACAGACUUCCAAGUGUCGGUGCUCCUUUGCUGUAUCAGUAAAUGCCAGAGGUGAUAGGUGCUAUGCAUGUGGUUCCUCCCCUGAUCCAGCUACCAAGACUGCAUGCACUUAGCAUGCAAUUGCUCAUAGAAAUUGGGCUAGAAAAUUUUAUGGAGGAAAAACAAAGUAAGAAAAUGGGAUAAAUUGUGUCUGUUGCAAACUCUGCAUAGCAGACACUCCUGUAGGUUUUGCCACAUAUUAACAAGGAGACUUCAAGGCUAUUCACACUAUGAUCCCAGGAUGGGGAGAUCAGGCGCAAGGGAACGCAGGGUCUAACUCACCUUCUGCCCCCAGACAAUUGCUGGCUUUUCUUUGUGUGCAUCACCACACACCCACACAAUCUACACUGUUCCCAGCAGCGCAGAUCUCCAGAGGCCAGGACAAUGUGUGCAUUCAGCACAAUGAGUGUGUUGCUUUGGGGGAUACCCCUGUGAGAUGGGUGCUCUAGGUGUAUGCAAACAGCCCAAGCACACACACAAUCCCAGGGCCAGGGUUAAGGGCAUGCUUGCUCCUCUAACCUCAGCUAAAGGCCAGGCUUCAAAGUGGGGUGAGGAGGCUCGUAGCCGCUGCACGCAAGCAGCAUAACCCAGGCUGUGCUCCCCUCGCCUGGGUUAGGCUGCUUGGAAGCACAUCCUUUUUGUCUAUAACUACUCCUAAAAUGGCAAGAGAUGAUACAGUCGUUGCAUCCACCCUGGUCCUCUUGUCCACCUGUCUUGUAGCAAGUGGGACAUUAAUAUUGCUAGUUGGUAAUAGCUCAAACUAUUACCCUUAGCCUACCUGCCCCCACCCACACAACGAACUGUAUGCACUGAAUGGCAAUUCCUCCUUUUAAGGUUUUCUCUAUUGCAACCUCCUGUUCCUAUUUCAUACAACUAAACUGAGCAAAAGGAAGGGGCUGAAAUUGGGAAAAUACUGUGUUGGGACAAUCACAUACUGUAUUUACCUGAAUCCAAGACUAGGGUUUUCCCCAAGUUCUCUGAUGUUAGGAAUCAGAGGAUCAUCUUAAAUUUCAAGUCAUCUUAUAUUUGGGUAAAUAUGGUAUCUACCCAUGCACCAGGCCUUUGAUACAGAAGGAUCUGGGGCAGGAAAAGAAUUUUGUUUCCUAUGUGAAGAUGUUUCCCAUGGCAGUGGCAGCGCACUGCUCCAUACAAGUGAGUGGGCAUUUUGCUCCACCCAUUUAUGUAAAAACUAGCAAAACUGCCAAGUCCUAGACUGAGGUGGUGGGGGCAGGGGCAGGGGGAGAGCCAGUUUCUCACUGACUUAAAUUUGUAGUCUCAGUGCUCAUUAAUUAGCUCCCCCUGUACAAAUAAUCAGUGGUGUUUAUAUGAUAUAUUCCCCCCCCCCCGCUGUGUGUAUUCUGGGGCUGGUUCACACUUCCAUGUACAUUGCUAGAUUUCUCAUUUUUUAUAUAACUCAGUACACAGUACACUCAGUACUUCAUGCACUGAAGGUCCAAACGGACUCCACUGAAAUGCAUAAAGUUAUUUAGAAGCAUUAUGAAAUUCCUGUGUGAUGGUGGUUGGCUCUGUGAUAAUUCAGUCAUACAAAGAAGUCAACACUUCAUGCUGCAAUUAUCAGGAAAGCAACAUGCGUGUGUGAUAAUGCCCAAGUUAAUAUGUGAUUCAAGGGUACAGAACUAGGUGGCGGUGGUAAUGGUAGCUAUUCUGAAUUAAUCUGUAUUUAAAUGCUGUAAUCUUGCUAUGUGCUCCAAUGAUACUCUGUACAAACUUUUUCCUUGUCCCUCCCCUGGACACGAAAAUAGUGCAGGAGAUGGGUACUUACUCACGAGCAGCCCCUUGCACAAGCAAUUAAUUACGUUAAAAUUGUUUAUGUGAAUACAGCAUAAAGAACUAGGGAAAAGGUUUGUUGAGACUAUUCAAGAACAGAACUUAGCGAUAGAAAACUUUGCUUUCUAACCUGCAGGAGCUAUCUACAUAUGAUGGCAGCAGCACACGCAUAUGAUACGUUGGCGCACAGGUCGUGCCCAAUUCAUAGAAAGCUGGGGUGGCGGGGGGAGAAAUUCAGCAAGCAACCAGCAGGCUAGAGGGAAUGUUUCUACGACCUGUGCUCUCCACCCCUGCCAAAACCGGUUCUCCUUACUUCUAGUCUUAAAUACCCACUGGGAGAAAAAUGGCAAGGGAAGCAGGUUUGGGAGGAAAAUAGGGUGAGAGAUACAUAUCUUCUUCCUAUAUGCCACUUCAUUGCUUCACCCCCACCCUGACUUAUUAUAUGAAUUUGGUGGCAGCCCACUUUCUCUCGAUGGGGCUAUUGCUCUCAAGUGUACCCCUCAGGCCUACUUCUCACUGGGUGGCAAACAUGUAUCUGGGCUGUACUACUUCAGAUUCUGGGUGACGGUGGGGUGGCCGUGGGCCUUCAAAUGAAAAAUGUUCCCCCAAACAAAACAAUUCCCUGCACCUAGAACACUGGGUGUGAGGGUGAAGAGAUUCCCCUGACAUAAUAGGAGGAAGCAGAACCAUUAAAAUGUGGGUUCCAUUUCAGUUCAGAUUCAACAGCAUUUUAAAACUUUCUCAUUCUGGCACGAAUGUAAAAAGUGAUUGGGAACCCAGUUUGGACCCUUUGAACUGGUUUAGGUUACAUUUCAUGUAGCAGAAUAGCAAACCUACGUUGCUUGCAAUGUAAAUCUACAAAAUGAGUUUAAUAAUAGCUAUUAUCCUGAGAAAAAGGUUGCUGUCUAUCUGUUUAUACAUGUAUAUUCCACUCUUUGUCAAAGGACCCCAGAGUGGUCUACGGCAUGGUUAUGGUUAUCCCCACCACAACCCUGUGAGGUAGUUUAGGCUUAGAGGUAAGUGACUGGCCCAGAGUCACCCAGUGAGUUUCAUGGCCAAAUGGGGAUUUGAACUUGACUCUCCCUAGUCCUAGUCCCACACUCUAACCCCUACACUACGCUGGCUCUCUUCUUGAACAUUGUUCAAUGUUUAAAUGAUUUUUAAUACAAACAAAAAAGGUAAUAGGAUACAUCUGUAAGAAAAUAAUUUAAAUUAAUGUUGUUUUUAUGCCCCUAUACCCUCACGCUACUGCAGUGUAACAUGAUAAAUGUUCUGUGAGCAAUUAGGAACUGUGACUCUUCCUUAGGCCUUGUUUUUUUAUAACCUUCCUUUUUCAAAACAACUUAAUCUUACUUUGCCUUCAAGCGUACAUUUAAAUGAACAAGCAAUAUGCAAUGAUUUUCUAUAUUUCUAGGAAGAAAGGCUCUGUGAGUCUAAGUGGCCAGAGAAGAAAAAGCUUUAGGCCCAGCCUAAAAGGAAGGCCCACUUAGAGAAGGCCUCAAGUAGUAAAAUAAUCCACCUCCCCUCCUCCAAAUUCAUUGGGACUCUAUCCUAACAUAACAAAAAGGAAAACUUUAACUUACUCAACAUAAGAAGAAUGGUAAGCAAAUAAUACAAGUUCGCUUGCAGACAGUUGUGGCCUCUGAGUCUAAUGAGGCGUUGUUGCUGCUGAACAAGCGUCUGGGUGGGAAUUUUCUAUUUGAACACUAGAGUACCAGUCCUUGGGUUCUUGGUUUUUUUACCAUGCUCUAUGGCUGUUCCUCUGAUUUUCAGGUGGCUCACUGAAAAAUAUAAUUUCCUUCAUAUCUAGCUGGUACAUAGAGGAGUCCUUACCGCUCCUUGAAAAAGAACAGUGACCAAUUAUCAAACCACUUAUUCUGAAUAGGUUGCCACUUUUUGGUGGCUCAGUUCUGGUUCAGGUUCAAGUCAACCUAGAGAUUUUAGGUUCAAGUUUAGUUCCAGUUCACUGCAAAAACCAAAACAAAACAACCACUCUGAACUGGAGUUGGGUAUUGCUUCGUCUCCCUGCAUACUCGUUUUCUGUGUGCAAGAGAAUCUUUUUGUCCAGAGAAGCAUUCAAUCAUGUGAGCCUCACCUUCAUUCUGAAUGGAUACCACCCAAAUACAGCUUCAUUACUCAGGAAUCGGACCUCUAAGAGUUCAUUCUAGGUAUUCUCUGAAAUCAGUUUCCCUCCUUUUCACAUAAUCUAGGCCACGCUUACCUAUUCCCUGUUUCUUUUGCCAUCUGAUACUUUCCAAGAAGCACUACCCAGUUCUUUCCCCCUAAAAGUUACAGUUAGGAACAUAGAAAGCUGCCAUAUACCGAGGCAGACCAUCUGUCCAGUCAAUCUAGCUCAGUAUUGACUACACAGACUAGCAGUGGCUUCUCCAAGGUUGCAGGCAGGAGUCUCUAAGGUUGUAUCUCCCUAUCUUGGAGAUGCCAGGGACAGACCAUGGAACCUACUCAUGUCUGGGUUUUGUCCCAAAGACCAUUUAGGCAAUCACAGAGCCCUGGGUAUUAAUUUACUCUCUUUCCUUCUGUUGUUUCCAAAAAACCAUGUUAUGUGUGAGAGGUGGAAACUGUUUUGUGAAUAUCAACUACUUUUCCUUUUCUCUGAUUUAGUCAGUGCUGUGCAUGAAGUGGGGAAUCACUGAAGUGUCCCCGGGGUCCUCCAAGCUACAAAAUUAGCCUCAAAAAUAAUUUUGCAAUUAUCUUUUUUUAAAACUCUUUUCAGGGGUGGGUGGGUCUGAGGGUAGAAAGUGGGGUAUAAGAAGCUGGGGGUUGGUAUAUUAAAGCAUGUUUGAAAGUAACCAAAGGACUGGAAUUUAGGUUUUCUUUUUUGUUUUUUAAUUCUUAAUAUAUGAAACUGCUUUUGCAUCAGAGAGAUUACCAGGAAGAGCCAGUCUUAAGACCUUCUUUUCCUGCUCUUAGUUUCUGAACAAAGGAUGGAACAUAAGAUUUUUUUCCCCAUCCUUUAAGGGUGGCAUUUAUUGAGGUCUGUGACUUUUCAGGGAGACAGGUGGGAGUGGAGAAAGAGCUGGAUAAGAAAUGGGUCUACCAUGGUAACCCUCUCAUACCCCAUCUGUCCUGGGGCAAGUCCCCAACGGACGGAAACAAAACAGAUUUGCCUUUGGUCUUCCAGCUCCAAAACGUCUGUGCUUGAAACUUUUUUGCUGGUUAUUCUGCGCAUGUUUUGAUAAUGUGACUUAUGAGAAUAUAUCUUCUAUAAAUAUAUAUAUAUAUAUAUAUAUAUAUAUAUAUAUAUAUAUAUGCAACUACACAUAUAGAUAUUUAAAAAUUAUAUGGCUUUUCAUAACUGGUCGUGGCAACAAUCACUAAGGAAGAGGGAGCAUUGCCUGAAAGGGCAUGUAAGGACCUCAUGAAGUUAUCAUUGUUAUUAAACACCACGUGGUUUUGCCAUUGUA